CCCAAAUAUUGUUUACAUUAAAACUCCACCUGCUGCAAGUAAAAUCACUUACGUCAAGCAAGGAAGUUCAAUGAAUAAGAAAGGGUGUGCCUAGUAAAAUAUUUUACUGGAAACAAGAUGUUCCUAAAGGCAGCUUCUGUCGUGUUUGGACUGGUUCUAAUUUGUGGAUACAUAGUUGCCGGGACACUACUACCAACAAACGAUAACCCAGGCAACCUAGCUGCAAAUAGACGCAUUGAAGAAAUCCUAUCGGGGAAUAUUGAUAAUAGCAUUUUAAGUAAUCAUUCUUUGAGUGGUACUAAAUACAUUUCAGAGAUAGAAAACAAAGUGUGCGAUAUAAAUAACCCGAUCUCUUGUUUACCAGAAGUACGAUGGUCCUGAAGAUAAUUUCUGUCGUAUUUGGAUUCACUUUUAUUUGCGGGUGUAUAGUUUGUAAGACACCGCCAAUAAAAGAGUCCUUGGGCCACAAUAUAUCUGGCAACAAUGACAGAAACAAUUUAAGUGAUCAAAUUUUCAGUGAUGGCAAUUAUACUUCACAGAUACAAAAGAUGUGCGAUAUAAACUCAAAGAAACAGAAUUAUACGGUUAUUUGUAGUGUCGAUAAAAAUAGUGUGUUUGAAUUUACAAAAUUUAGAGAAUGGUCUAAGUUAAAGCCAAAUUCUUCCACUAUUUCUUUAUCCAUAACUUGCUCAGAAGGUGGCGUUAUUAAACUGCCGUGGCCCUUUCGUUCAUUUAAUCUUGUACGAUUAUUUGUCUUAGGCUGUCUGGUUCGGGAAUUUUUCAUAGAGGUGUUUGACACUGAAAUUAUUAAAAGGAUACCGGACAAGCUUAAGCAUGUUGAAAUAGUAGAUACAAAUAUAGAAAUAGAUUUUAAAGAAUCAAUGCAAAUCUCCGUAAACUUCAGUGAGAUUUCAGCAGAAUACAAGUGUGGGCCUUUAAAUUUGAGAACUUACAUAGCACGCAAUGUUAGUGUAGCAUCUGUAAGUGAUAUACAAUUAUCAGCCUACAGAUCUACCCACGACCCGUCCAACACUUGCAGAUACAAAGCAGCAGAAAUUUAUGAGCUCUCGGAUACAAAUGAAUUGUCCAAGUUUGAAUUACCAAUGCUGACUGACAAUUUAUAUUUCCCCAAUCUGAAAGUAAUAAACUAUACUAAUACUGGUCACACAGAUAUUCCCAACGAACUUGUUGAUUGGCGCAAAGAGUUCCCAAAGCUAGAAAAACUUGAUUUGUCUCAUAACGAUCUAUCUAGAUUCCAUUUUAAGGACGUGGGGUACGGUACGACACCUACUGGUUAUAUAAACCUUCAGUAUAAUAAUAUACAGUCUUUAAGUGAAACGGAAAUCAAGUCUUUAUCACUAUUAAAAUCCGCCUUAAUUGAUAUCAGAAAUAAUCCAUUUAAGUGUGAGUGUAACGAAAUUACUUACUUUAACCAAUUUCUACUGCAAAAUGACGGUCCUGUAGCCGCGGGACUUCGGGCGGACUAUGAAUAUCUGUGGGAUAUAAAGUGCGUUCAGCCUCCAAGACUUGCAGGGCGAAAAAUAUCAGAACUUAACAAAAGUAUUCUUUGUGAUGCGGAUGUUUCAAUUUACGUUGCACAGAUUGCAACUCUAUCAACAGUUGUAAUAAUACUACUGAUUAUUAUUGUAUUGAUAACAAGAUAUCGUAAAGAUAUUCGUAUAAUAUUCUUUACACGCUUAAAUAUCAUUCUUCCAUGUCAACCAAAGGAAGACAACGCGCACAAAAAGUUCGACGCCUUUAUUAGCUACAGUAGUGCGGAUACUGAAUGGGUUCUGAAAACUUUGGCACCGGGUCUGGAAGUUGAAGAAUCGGAUUUCAAUUUCAAGCUUUGCCUACAUCAUCGAGAUUUUGAAGUCGGUUCGUAUAUUUCCGAUAACAUUAUAUCAAGUGUGGAAAAUAGUCGUCAUACUAUUUUGGUCGUCUCUAGACAUUUUCUACAAAGUGAGUGGUGUGUUUUGGAAUUCCGUACCGCGCUUCACCAGAGUCUGCUAGAGAAGCGAAAGCAUAUGGUAAUUAUUCUCUUGGAAGACGUUACUUUAACAGACGUCGAAGCAGAUUUCCGUCGAUGUCUCCAGACGAUGACAUUUAUUAAAGCAGACGACAAAUUGUUCUGGGACAGAAUACGUUACGCUUUGGCGAAGAAAUCCCGCCCAGUUAGGUCGUCUCCGUCAGUGCAUAUUAAGAAGAGUACUGUAAAUAGUGAUGUUAUGUCUGUUGUGAUUAGUUAAGGCUCCAGUUUACAUUCUCAAUUUGUUUUUAGUGUGGAUACUAGACUGUGUUGUUGUUAGCGGGUAUAUUUAAAAGUAACAAGUCCAUAAUCAUUUUCUAUUUCCUCUAUCUAUAUGUUCGAGAUUAAUUUCACAACACAGCGCAUUAUGUAACCAAGUCAAAUUAGAUUUAGUAUGGAAUUAUCUUCUAAGUGUCUGACCAAUCUGCCAAUCCACUGAUGAGAUACAAGUGAUUUGUGUUCUAAUCUAUAUACAUGUUGUGUUUUUUCAGAACAAAAAUAUAUCAGUAACAAUAGUAUAGGGUUUCUAUGGACCCCCUAUACGUGCACAUAUUAACACAUACCAUUCCCGAAAUGACCUAGCGUGUAUGGGCGGAGUUAACACACUCUCUCUCUCUCUCACUCUUAAAUUUGAGUGCAUACUCGGGUAAUAUUAUGCUAUGGUUAACAUUCUCUAAAACUGGUUAAAUGUUUGUUUCUAUCUGUAACAAUAGUAUAGAGUUUCUAUGCCCCCCCCCCCUCUCUCACCUAAAAUUGAGUGCACACUCGGGUAAUAUUAUGAUAUGGUUAACUGGCUAAAUGUUUGUUUCUGUCUAUCUUCCCUUUAGAUGACCAUUUUAAUUAAAUAUGUUUUUAUGUUAUUAUGUUUGUUUAAUUAGGUUAUUUUAUGUGAUUGUUUUGAUUGCAAUAGGUUAUUUUUUUGUGAUUUUAAGUAGUUUUAUCAUGUCUUUGUUUGAAUAGGUGAUUUGAUAUGAUUGUCUUUAACAUAUAUGUUAAUUUAUGUGGUGUAUGGUUUAAAUAUGUAAUUUUAUGUGGUAUUUUGUUUAAAUAUGUUAUUUUAUGUAUGGGGUGCUGGGGUUCGAGAACACAAAUAUGACUUUCUGUGAGGCGACAAAUCAGAUAGAUCACAGAAUAUUUCUUUCGUUUUUAAUAUAGAUAAAGCUCAAGCAAUAUUUCAAUAGUGAAUCCAUCCAUCUUUAUUUUGUUAGAUAAGUAUAGGACGCUACACGGGUUUAUGAUAUUCCUAAGUAAAACGUAUAAUACAUGUAGAAUACCACUCGCACUAUUUGCAAUCUAAAUCAGACACUAACAGGCACUUGUAUUCUUUACUAAUUUAGUUGGAAUGGAGGAAGUUACCUGUAAAUAAUAAGCAAUCUUGGUUUUAAUUCCUUUAAGGUUGUCCCUUCCAAUUGUCGGCUAAUGACCAGUCUCCUCAGGGAGGUGCUGUUUACUUUUCGAUAAUUUAUAGAAUCAUAAAGGGUCUCAUUCAUCUGAAUCUGUAUUUCUAAUUCCGGUCGGUUUGGUGCGUCGUCACUAAAUCAUAGCAGUAAUAUAUCUAGAGGCUUUGUCAUGUUUAUACCUCUUUAAACUGAUCUCGUUCAUUGAAUUGAUCAAACGUUCCGUAUGUAAAGUAUGCAUCAAAUCAAAUAAUAGUUAUCUAAAGAGUAAUGUAUAUAUGUUUACAUAAAAUAUAUUUUUGUAUUAGACCAGUAAACGACGCAGUCUUAAAAUCAACAUUGAAGGGAGGUAAUCGGUAUCUCCGUCUAUGGACUCGAACAAGCAAUUAUUUGCCCAUUGACUUCAAUGUUAAAAGGAUGUAACAUCACAGGUUGUAGCUUUUUGCUCAACAUUCCGUUGGUUCCCAUCUUUAUAGGCACUAUGGGGACUACAUUUGGCAAUCUCCUCAUCAUAAUUUUGUAGGGGGUUGACCGUUUAGAUUUUUUGCUACGGGGAUUUGAAGUUGACUGGGGUGAAAAUCUUACUUCCGACACAAUGAUUGCUCUGCAGAAAGACACUUUACACCCCCUAUGCCUCCGCUCUAAUAUCAUCAGUAUUACCCAAAACUGCUAUGAAAUUGCAAAUUUGAUCCCUUUUCUCCAAUUCUAGACCAAAAAGUCAACCAAAAAUUGCAGGAAGUGGGGAGAAAAAAAUUAAGGAAAAAAUUGUCUAUUUAUAACUCGGACUACAUUUCUCUCGCUAACCCUUGUCUCCCCCGUUUGGCCAUUUCUUUGGUCGACAAUUGAAGAAGGGUGUUUUAAUUUACAUUUUUUUUUUUUUGCUAGAUUUAGCUUUGCCAUUUUGAGACGAAGGGAUCAAGAAGUAAACAGACAUGAAUGAAUCGGGGCCUAUCGAUACGUUUUGACCGAGCGUAACAGAAUAUCGACAUUGGCAACACAUUUCCUUUUAUAUAUCAGAUGAUUGUGAUUUGUGCUAUUAAUAUUAUGGUCAUUCUUAGCGGGUGUUAGCCAAAGGGUGUCACAUUUGCUUGUAGUUCUUUCCCUUUGGUUGCAAAGGCUACAUAACAAGUCCAGAGAUUGGUUGUGCACAAGUUUGUACAUGAACAUGCAUGUCGAACACUUUCGCAUUUAAAUUUAGUUUAAUCAGAUUAAUAGAAUUGUUUAAAGGGCCAAUUUGAACAAUUUGUGAAUGGCGAGUAUAUUUUGUCAUAGUUUAAUCGACUCCUCUUGUUGAAUAGUCUGUCAGAUUGUCUUGAUUAUCAUACAGAAUUUGGUGUACUAGUAAUAGUUUUUUAUUUCAACUUUUGUGUGAACGUUAAUUUGCAUAGUGUUAAUUAAUCAUUUUAAAUACAUGUAUGUGAAGUUGUAAUCGAUAGAAAAAAAACCAGAAAGAAAACAGAAAAAAAGUUAUUUUGAAGUCAUAUUUUCCUUAAGAAGAGUACCAAAGCUAAAGCGUCGGUAUUCUGCAACAGCAUCACUACCACCACCUACCUGUUGUUCUCCGUUUUCUAUUCCUUCACUAACGACGAUCGUUUGUCAACAGGUAGGGGCUGUGGGUUAUUCCUCCACUAACGAUGAUCGUUUGCCAAUCGAUAGGGGCCGUGGGCUAUUGUUCCACUCACGAUAAUCAUUUGCCAAUAAGCAAGGCCCUCGACAAGGCUGCCCGGGUCCUGGGAUAAGCGACUUGUUGAGGGGCGGCGUGUUAUCCGGGCUCGAAAAUUUUUGAACGAUAUGUGGUCUCAAGUUAUCUGGAGUCACUGGAGGUCACUUGGUUAAAACACAGAAACUGAGAUAGGCAAAAAUUUCGCUUUCAGUUUCGCUAGAUCACAGGCGCACGCACCAUCAUAGUAGCUAACCCUAACCCAUCAUUGUAGCGUUCUGCAGGCCUGGACUAGGCUCCGAUUACCUGCUGGGGCCCGGUUACCCUGACGGUGACGAGAACGUCAAAAGUAACGAGGACGUCCCGUGGCCCCAUUGCGCGAAGUGAACUUACAUAAUCCGAUUCUAACCCUACCAACGCCACUGGGUACCCAUAUUCAGAAAAAUCACCGAUUUUCUUUACGAUUAAAGAUACAUUAUGGAGAUUCGAUAACGAGUUGGCAGUUCUCACUAUAAAAGUUAACAACUAGAUAAUGUAAAGGCAAUUUUUUGAAAAUUUCAUUCAAAUUGAUCCACUACGACCCGAGGACUGAGCGGUUGAAAUUUCCGGCUAGCCUUGAUCAUCAUUACUAAAGUCAGUACGAUAAACAGCAUAGUCUCGAUUAUCCAUUUAAUCGUUAAAUCGUGAAGGAAACUUAUGCAGUAAAUCGGCUCGUAACCCACUAAAGAUCGCAGGCUAGCGAUGCCAUCUAGAGUUGAUCAUGGUCUGGAUGGGUUAAUUAAUGUCUAAUUAAUAAAUUAGAUAACAUUUCAGGCCUAAAGAAAGACCUGCAAUAGACAGAUUUAGCUCUUGCAUAAUGUAUGUUUAAGUAACAGUGCAUUUUUCUUAUUAAUUUAUACAAAUUUUUAAAAAAAACAACAUUGCUUGGCAUA